AUGUCGAUAUCGCAGUAUCGAUUUGGACAUCAUAUUCAAUUUGCGAAACGUAAAACUAGAUCAGAAUUAUCCGACGAUGAUUGGAGCAGCGCGAAAUACCAUAGAACGUUUGAGUUACUGAGUGAAGGGUUGACAAAAGAUAAUAUUGAAAGAGUGGAUGCUUCUGAACUCACUGUCGAGCAAUUCGUGGAAAAUUAUGAAUCACGUCAUGUUCCUGUGAUUCUUACCGGUUUGACUUCGUCUUGGCCUGCUACGAAAAAAUGGACAUUACCAACAUUACUGAAGAAAUAUCGUAAUCAGAAAUUCAAAUGUGGUGAGGAUGACAACGGGCAUUCUGUAAAAUUGAAGAUGAAGUAUUUUUUGGAAUACAUGAAACGAACAGAUGAUGAUAGCCCUCUUUACAUAUUCGAUAGUACAUUUGGCGAACGCCAUAAAGUAAAACGCUUACUAAAGGACUAUAUUGUCCCACAAAUUUUUGAAGACGAUUUGUUCCGUUAUGCAAGCGACAUGCGACGGCCUCCCCACCGGUGGUUUGUUAUGGGAUCUUCUCGUUCUGGAACAGGAAUACACUUAGAUCCGUUAGGGACAAGUGCUUGGAAUGCGCUUAUUACUGGUCGCAAGAAAUGGUGUUUUUUUCAUCCGCGAACACCGAAAAAUGUUCUGAAACCAACAAAAGAAGAGGCUGGUGUACAUCGUAAUGAAGCUAUCACGUGGUUUACGACUAUCUACAAAACAGCUCGUACGACUGGUUUGCUAAAAGAAUGGGAACCCAUAGAAGCUGUCCAAAAGCCUGGAGAAGUCGUAUUUGUACCUGGUGGAUGGUGGCAUGUAGUACUGAACUUGACUGAUACCGUUGCUGUAACUCAGAAUUUCUGUUCCAAGGCUAAUUUGCCUGUCGUAGUUAUUAAGACGUUGUGCGAGAGGCCAAAUUUUUGUAAACACUGGCUUAGGUGCUUACGAAAAGCCCGACCUGAAAUCCUACCCACCAUAGGUAGUGCAUCACUACCAAUACUAGUUCUUGCUGCAGAUAUGAUUUUGAAAAGAGCAGAUGUUUCGAUUAGUUUCUCCGAUACGUCAAGUGAUUCAAGUUCUUCUACGGAAACAUCCGAUAGCGAUUCAGACUUGUCAUGCCAACUUUCUGUUGAAAGUAGCUUGGAAUAUAAAACAGGGUUUGCUUUACAGUGCAUGUGCUAGUU